GUGGCAAUCACGCGCUGAUUCUUCUCUACCAACCACAAAGAUAUUGGCACCCUCUACCUAGUAUUUGGUGCCUGAGCCGGGAUAGUUGGGACUGCCCUAAGCCUAUUAAUUCGAGCUGAAUUAAGCCAGCCGGGGUCCCUCCUCGGCGAUGAUCAAAUCUACAACGUUAUUGUUACCGCACACGCCUUUGUUAUAAUUUUCUUUAUAGUAAUACCCAUCCUCAUCGGGGGCUUUGGUAACUGACUUGUCCCACUAAUGAUUGGAGCCCCUGAUAUGGCGUUCCCACGAAUAAAUAAUAUAAGCUUCUGACUCCUACCACCCUCCUUCCUUCUACUGUUAGCCUCAUCCGGUGUUGAAGCUGGAGCUGGUACAGGGUGAACAGUCUAUCCCCCUCUUGCGGGCAACCUGGCCCAUGCAGGUGCAUCCGUGGACCUAACUAUCUUCUCUCUUCAUCUAGCAGGUGUGUCAUCCAUCUUAGGAGCAAUUAAUUUCAUUACAACAACAAUUAAUAUGAAACCCCCAGCCAUUUCCCAAUAUCAAACCCCAUUAUUUGUGUGGGCCGUGUUGGUAACUGCUGUUCUACUUCUAUUAUCUUUACCAGUUCUAGCUGCCGGGAUCACAAUGCUCCUGACAGACCGAAAUCUUAAUACCACAUUUUUUGACCCAGCGGGAGGGGGAGAUCCCAUUCUUUAUCAACAUUUAUUCUGGUUUUUCGGCCACCCAGAAGUAUAUAUUUUAAUUUUACCAGGAUUCGGGAUUAUCUCACAUGUGGUGGCCUAUUAUUCAGGUAAAAAGGAACCCUUCGGGUACAUAGGAAUAGUAUGGGCCAUGAUGGCCAUUGGCCUAUUAGGGUUCAUUGUCUGAGCCCACCAUAUGUUUACAGUUGGCAUGGAUGUGGACACCCGUGCAUAUUUUACAUCCGCAACAAUAAUUAUUGCCAUUCCCACAGGCGUUAAAGUUUUUAGCUGACUAGCCACCCUUCAUGGAGGCUCUAUCAAGUGAGAAACACCAAUGCUCUGAGCUCUCGGGUUUAUUUUCCUUUUUACAGUAGGCGGUCUAACAGGGAUUGUACUAGCCAACUCAUCAUUAGACAUUGUAUUACAUGACACAUACUAUGUAGUCGCACACUUCCACUAUGUCUUAUCAAUGGGUGCCGUGUUUGCUAUUAUAGCGGCUUUCGUCCACUGGUUUCCACUAUUUACAGGGUUUACCCUCCAUAGCACGUGAACUAAAAUUCACUUUGGGGUAAUAUUUAUCGGCGUAAACCUUACAUUCUUCCCACAGCACUUCCUAGGCCUUGCAGGGAUGCCACGACGAUAUUCAGACUAUCCUGAUGCCUACACCCUUUGAAAUACUGUAUCAUCUAUUGGAUCCCUAAUCUCCCUAGUAGCAGUAAUUAUGUUCCUCUUUAUUUUAUGAGAAGCCUUCGCUGCCAAGCGGGAAGUUUCAUCCGUGGAACUAACCGCAACAAAUGUUGAAUGACUUCACGGGUGUCCUCCACCUUACCACACCUUUGAAGAACCCGCAUUUGUUCAAGUUCAAUCAAAUUAA